AGCAAACUUUUGCUUUGCCGACUGUACACCAUAGCGUGCUCCUCCGUGACUUUUAAUUAGUGUUUACUUUUACAAGAAUUACAAGGGUUUUAGCAUCAAAUUGUUGCGUUUACAGGGCUGUAGAUGCAAUCCGCUCCAACCGAUCAGGAUGGAUUGCGGAAAAGACGAGGAUCGAAAAAAACCAGGUAUUUUCACGAGUAAGGAUAUAAUUUAACCGUACAAUCCUAAGCUCACAGAAGAAGCAGAGUGAAGUUUUCAAACCUUUCAACAGUUUAGAGGGCUUUAUAAGGGUGGUUAUUAUUUCUCGAGAGCGUUUGACAAGGAAAAUUUUGAAGUCUAGUUCGAGGUCAGACCCUCGGAUUUUGCGGUGAAAUGCUGUACCAACUAAAUGUGGUAGCUAUGUUAUUUAAGUCUUGAAGUGUCUCGUAAGGUCGCCUUUCAGCUUAAGCCCAAGCUACAGUUUGUAGGCUAGAGUCAAUCACUUUCUUGAAGGCAUUACAAACAUCGCGUUAUUCAAAUGAAUCUAUAGUUAAGUCCCGCUUACGAUGAGGUAAACAUCAUAUCUACAAAAAGAACAGAAGAGUUGAGAGGGACCCAUGGGAACAGAAUUCCCUUGAUCAAGUCAGGACAUUUUAAAUAGAUUCUACUAUGGUUUAGUUACCUCCAUUUAUAUCGCACUUUAGAUGAAAGUGUGCGUUUACAAUCUCUCUGAUCUUUCCGCAAAGCAAACUAGUUCAGAGUUGUUGAUCUAGACAAAAUAUCAGUGAGAGAGGAAGCCUCAAAUUUCUCCUUUCUGGUCCUACUUUGAUUAAAAAAAAUACAGUUUCACCGGACACAAACAAGAGCCUAAACACAGAGGGCCAAUUUGAGUGAAUUAUCUAUUGCGUUCCCAGCAAUUUGUUUGCUCGUUUAAUAAGCUUAAUUAUGCUGAUAAUGAAUCAAUUUAGAGUAAACUAACUUCCUGUUUUUAUCAGCCUUGAGAGACAACGGUUUUACGAAACAGUCUUCAUGAAAUAAAGAUCAAAAGAUAGCGCUGUAACUUUCAUCCAUAAAGUAGUUUUCCAUGUUCAUCAAAUUCUACUCCAGAUUUUUGCCGUGUAUCACAUUUAUGUGCUUCGAAAAAAACGAUAGACAGCAUUUAAAAAGGUUUAGCAGACCAAGGCAGAUUUGAUUUCAAUUUGACAACAACUUCACCUGUUUUCCAUGAUGCAAAAAUAGAAUUGCGAGGCCAGAAUUUGUUAUCUAUUCGAUCUCAAGUUUGAAGAAUGAAAAGAGAGUCAGCCGCUCGCGUUAUGAUCGUCAACACGUUUGGUAAAUAAUUCGUUUGUGAUUUAUAAUAACCAAAAGGUCAUACCAUGUGGUUAAAUCAUAGCCUUGAAAAUGACAGUUGUCGGUAGCAGUUAUCAAUAAACAGUAGAGUUUAUGUUAGCGGGCAUAAAUAUGUCUUGGACUUGACACAGAGUCAUUUUAGCCCGAGCCGUUUGGCGAGGAUUAAAAUGAAAGAGGUGAAAGGGUACCAUAGACGUUGCUCUAGAGAAAUGUCUCAACUAAUUAUGUCCGGGAGUUUAGGGCGAGCUUUAUUUUCAUUGCACUGUACAAUUUUUUCUAAUUUUUUAAGUCAGUGGAUUAACCGUAAAUGUUUAACCAUUCAAAUCGCACUUUCUAUCGGUUUACCGGCGUAAUAAGCCUCUUAGUCGAGAAAAUUUUGUAAUUCACGAACCGGAGGGCGAGUGAUUUGCAAACUUUUCGAGUGUUUUCCCAAAAUCCUAAAUGGGUUAUUACGCCGGAAACCGUUAGAGGGUGCGGUUUCUUGCUUUUGUAAAAUGACUUCAAGGUUAUUAGUUCAAUAAACGAUAUGUUUUUGACCAAUCGGGGUGCUCGUAGUAUCUAAGAAAUUUCAUAAUUAGUUCACGAGUCUUUCUUUCUUUUAAGUCUGUGGAUGGAAAACCUAAUGUUGAUUGACCAUUUGAAAAAUGCCAUCGAGCAGAUCUUUCAUGUAGUAAUGUACUUGAAGUUCAGUUUAUUUGUUCAGAGUGGAUCUCAAUUAGGCGUGAAAUCUUUUAGCAAAUAAUUAGAUCGCCCAUUCCUACUAGCUUAUUCUCAUCGAUUUGUUUAUCCCAAGCUAUAACUAUAAAUAUAUAUUUAACUCUAUAAUUUUGUAACUUUAAGCAUGAGUAACUAUGUAUGCGUAGUGCAAUUUCUUAAGAGCAAGAGAGUCUAUAGCAUGACACUUAGCGAUUUUGUUUGUCUCAAUUUCAUUUGAUUUUAUGCAGUAUUUAACGGGAUAUUUUUACUCUUAUGAAAAAAAAUCGUGAUUACCGCAAAUCACGUUCCGUUGCGAACCUUUUUGUAAUUACUUAAUAAAAUGCGCGCAAUGCGAAGAAUUUUAAUUCAAAUGAAAUCCUUUCCAUCGUUCUGCCCAUCAAACAACCAAUUUAAACCACCCAGGCAUUUGAGGUUGCUCUUCAAACUCUUGAGUUUUAUCUCGUUCAAACUUUAUAAGAAUAAAUACAGACGGAACUGAUCACCUCGAUACGGGUGACUAGAAUGACGUCAUCUGGUGCGUGUGGUGGCAGUUCGAGGCCAUAGGUUACGUUAGCGAAUGGUACACAAACACGGCGAUCGCUUGUUUGCUUAAAGUUACGAAAGAAUACAGGAACUGCGAAAGAAUAUAUAAGUAGGGUGCUCUUCAUUCGACAGGAUUUGGAACAGCUGUGAUUUUAAACGUGAUUUAACAAUGUGUAUUAAUAAUAAACAUAUUAUUGAAGCAUGCAUGAAACAUGCUGUAUCAUGGCAAUUCCAAGCCUACCCGAGGCAAAUCAAACAAUCAAAAAUACGGCAGAUCAACAAAUACACGGACGUCUUUUUUCGGCCAAUUAAACAAAAGGCUUUGUUCUUUUGUUCGAAGCUGUCAAGCCGAUUAAGAAAUCAUUCAAAGCUCCUUUCAAAAGGUGCAGAUUUUGAAUUCUUAAUUGUACCCGACAGAACCGUUCAAGGGAUCAGUGGAGAUUACGCGUAGGGCUAGAACACGGAACAAACUUUCUUGAUCUCGUGAGCUGUAAGAGAUCUUUUGUUUUGACAAAGGCUAAGAAUAUCUGUAUAUAAAAGAACGCGUGACUCUCAGUUUGUUAAGGAACGACUGGCGCUGCAAGUGAAAAGUUCAAGUUUUCAGGAUUGUAAUUUGCGAUAUUAAGACUUGAAGCGAGCUCUCGCAACAAUGUUCUCGCAAAAAGGACUUCAGAGACAUCCAGUAAAUAAGUGGAAUGAGCGAGAUGUCUGCAGAUGGCUGAAGAAAAGAGGGUUAGGAAAACUUUGGAGAAAUUUCCAUGGUAGGCAUAUAGAUGUUUAUAUGAGCUGCGCGACUUCUUCGCCCCACUUAACUUAAGACAAACAAGUUCACGAGGAAAUUAGCUUUUGCAGUUAAACCACUGUACUCUAAAGGAUUGACUUUUUAAUUUUGUUUUUCUUAUUAAAGAUAAAAAGAUUGAUGGCAAAGUUUUACUACAAAUCACAAGUCAAUAUCUUGGUAAGUAUACAUUACAAUAUACAUUAUAGGUUGGACCAUUCAUUUUAAAAUGAUCUAAACAGAACUUUCCUACAUUAAAUAGUUUGAACAACGAUAUAUUCGGCCAAUUUUUUUCAAGCCCAAUCUGCCGGUCAAAGACCUUAAACCCGGUCAUCAACAAAUCGCUAGGAAGCCGUUACAGCUUGUAAAAUUCAUAAUUAUGUAUGUAAUCUGAAAACGUGCGUCUCUGAAUACUACCAACACACAGAAAACCAUUCAUCUGAAUCCAUUUAAACACACGCGAUUCGUGUCGCAGAAUAUCUAGUUAAUCCUAGCACGCAAAAACUUCUAUAAAUAAACUCAGCAGCUAUCACUUUCAUGUAUUUUGGUGGAAUACGUUUUGUUUUUCUUUAAGACGUGAUCAGAUGACGCGCAUAGGCAUAUAAUCGCAAAGUUUCAUAUUAUUUCACGCUACAACUAAAGAACAAGUCUCACUACGUGCAAUAUUUUUCCAUGUAACCGAUCGUUCGAUCAUUGUCCGACUGUUUUACCAAAACCCUUCAUAUGUGUACAAGCAGAUUGACAUAUUAAGAUUCCUGGUAUUGUUAGACACUAAGUCACGUACAGGAUAUAAUUUCAAAAUAUUUUGUCAGCAAACUUAACUCAGGAAAUUAAGGAUGACGUAACGCGUUCGGCAAACAACCCUUCCCAGUUACGCAACAGUCACGUGUUGAAUUAGCGAUCUUCAUCAAACUCAUAUGCGUUGUUGAUCGAGUGUUCGAAAGUGUAUAUUCUACUAAUUAGAUAUUGGCUGAGCUUAUUUUUCGAACCAUCCUUUUGGCCAAAUUGUGGACCGCAAUGAAACUGAGGUCCUUAGAAACGGUAAUGACUAUGACAAAAAAAAGGUCCCCGACUUUCUCGAACUUAAGCUUGGAUAAUGAAGGAUUCGAAGCGAGCAUUUAAUUCGAAGUGAAAGAUACUACCCCAUAACGUGACUCAUUCAAUUAAACGACACGAUCCACACGAACUCACCAGUGCAUCGCGAGACAAACUAGUCAAUUUGUAAGUACUUUAGCGAAAGUAAAUUCAACACGAUGAAAGACCAUCAUUCUUUUUGUCAUGAUUUCAAAGCGAGCAGCAUAGGUCAAUCUUACUUGCACUUGAUCAGUUAGCCAAUAGCACACUUCUUCGCUUAAUCUUGCUUGUGGAGCCAGCCUAAAAAGGUCUUACUUGCUAAACGGCAGGUACGGUAAAUUAACAUUUGAAAUAUUGAACUAUCUCAUUCAAAUCAACUUUUUAAAUGUGGUAAACCAUAGAACUAUACUUUUGAAAGCUUGCAGAGGAUAGUUAAUCAGAAUCGACCGACAUUCGUUAUUUUCACCAUCGGGGUUUUGCAAAUUUAACUGCUCUCCGUUGCAUGGCCGAUUAGCACUUGUUGGACGUAUUUCAGCGCAUUUUGCUCCAGGACUUUCGUUCACUAGCCCAGUCUUGAUUAAAAAGAUGAAAUAAUCUUCAAUUGUGCUUACAGUUAGAGUUGUGUGUAACUCUACCUGUAAAAAGAACAAUGCAUAUUACCAUUCUGAUACGUUUGACUACCAAUGAAAAGCGAAGGCGAGUGUUUGUGAACUUUUGCUUAUAACAAAAGACAGGCCAAUUCGUUUAACGAGGGGUAAACCCUGUAGAGACCCGGGUAGGGGAAGGCUGCGUAAAAACAACCCGUGGGGUUUUAAUCUCCCUCUAUAAUCUUUUAUUUGUUUCGCUCUUUUUAAAAUUUGUUUCUACGACGCAAUAGCACACCACCGUCCUCUAAAAAAUGACUUUUAUUCACUUAUCUUCAGUUAAACGAAUAUGUUUUUUUCCUCAUUUCUUUUUUUUUUUCUUUUUUUUUUUUUUUUUUUUUUUGAACAAUUUUGGUUUUAAUGUUAAAAGGGAAAUUUUUUCGAAUAAACAAUGUUCAGUUAUCUAUUUUUCCUUUUCCUCUGUUAUAUUUCAACAAGAAAAGCACUGAACGAAAAAAGAUUUACAUUCUUUAUGUAUUUAGAAACUGUAACAGUGUAGCGUUGAACUGUGUCUCCUUGUCAAAGGGGCAAACAGGAUAAUCGGAGUCAUAUGACAAUUGGCUGAGUCCUCUCUCAAAAAUUAGAUUAUCAUAGGUCGGUUAUACUUGAUUGCGAAAAAAGGGACAAAAUGGUUUAAAUAUUUUUUUUGCUCAGAUCACAUUAUGUUUUUCUGAAGUUUAAGCCUUCUUUUUCAUGUCGUGUUUUAUUAGGUGAUCGAUAUUUGAAACUGAACACCACUAAUCCUACUUAUUGACUGACAGGUUCACUAGAUUCCGUGACUUAUUUGACGCUCGAAUGUCUGAAACAAACAAAAUGUUUGAAACAUUAAAAUCACACGGAUUUUACCUCAAGAAAACAACCAAGUUUUUAAAAAUCUUCAUACGAUUCUCCGUACAAAAACGCGACAGAAUCUUCCAUCGUUUGUUGGGCGUUCGGAUUAGCGUGCUAAUCCCCAAACAAACCGCUAAAUGUUUUUAAACGCACUGUUGAGCCUGGCAAAAUUGUCAAAUACUUUACACCUUGGACGGAAGCCAUUUGAGUGCAAAAGUCGCGUACCUGCUCUGUUAAAACUCAAGUCACCGAAUACAGAUCAAAUAUUAUCGUUUUAAAUCUGGUUAUGGCGUUGCCCACACCACAUGUCUGCAUAAAUUCCUUUGCCAUCAAUUAUCUCGAUGAUUAGUGUUCUCUCUCGAGACAGAUUACCGACCGGAUUCUAUUACAAAUAUUUCUAGUACCUUAGCAGCAAAAAGAUCUGCGACCAAGUCGCUUGUGUAUGAUCAUCUUCUCCCGGGUAAAACAUGAGUGUUUUCUUCUCUGACUAUGGAGUUACGAAAGGUAAGAAAUCUUGGGUCCAUAAUCUCGCCCUGUACCGACUAAAAGUUUUCAUUUCCGAAUGCUACUUAACACAUCGAAAUGUACUGCGGUAUUUUGUUUUCCGGCCCAUACACCAUUGUUUAAAACGAUCUCAUUGUGGGAGUUUUUUCGCGUUGUAAAACCAUUCACACGAAUUUUCUUGCUUUGACUUGCCGUGGGUUUUUCAGACUAUAUAGUUAAGAGUUAACAAUUGUGAUUUCUGGUCAGAGGAAAGGCACAUCGUUACGACGAUCAGGAGUACUUUUAACGUGUGUGUGAUCUUAGCUUGGUGUUCCAAUGUAUUUCAAUUUCAGUGCUACAUUUUAGACCGCUUGUGAAGAUGACUUAUACAUCGAAAAUAAAGGGUUAUAAGGAAUGGCUAUCACACACGCGCUUCGCCUUAAUAGGUUACUGUCGAAAAAUUAGCAUAUUUAUCCUCGUCUCACAAGGAGGCCUUGAUAUCAUUCCUCGGAUCAAAUAAUUUCAAAAUGCCUUCAGUCUUCUCCGACAGUAAAUACUCGGCUGAGUUAAUUUAUUAUGUCUUCAGUCUUCCCCGACAGUAAACACCCAGCUGAGUUAAUUUCUUUUGCCUUGUCUCCGUUUUUUUCAUAGGCAUUCGAUACGUCAAAUCAAAUUAAUGAACUACGUUCUCGUUGAGGGAUUUUCUAAUUUUAAAGAUUAAAGUAAAAUGCCGAAGAAAUAAUAUUUAGGCUGCCUUAGACAUGAGCUUGAUUCGCUUGGUAACCUCCUUCGGGCGAUAGUUGAGAAUCAUUGCAGUGUCUGCUAAAACUCUGCCAAAAUAAAUAACAUUUUUAUGAAGGUGCCAGGUUCUCAGAAUAAAUUAAUAGCGAAAUAGAGCUGCGUGAGUUUAACCUGAUUAGACAGAUCCUUGAGAUGCCGACCACAAAAAGUAAUGUGUCAACAGCUUCCGUCCAUCUUUUAAGGAUCCUUAUUUACACAUUAUCAUACUUUUUGGUCGAAGGAUUAAGAUAUUUGCCUGCGUAGCGAUCAGAAAGUCGGGCGAAGAGACAAAGCGAACACACGCGGAGCCCCUUUCAUCCAUGCGUGCGUGACUCCCUUGCACGCGCGCACAUUUCUAAUACGUGUAAUGCUGGAGAUGAAGCCAGCGUUCAGUUCAUUCAUUCAGUACACAGAACACAUGUAAAAAAAAACGGUAUUUGUUACGUGUCGUUUAAUUAAAGACAUUUUCUAACUGAUCUUUUGAAACACGGGUAAGGUUAUGGCGCGCGUGGAACAAACAAGCUUAUCGAGGAAACAGCCUUCCUCGUUAGUACUUGGGAAAGAGAAUGUUUUGAUUUUCAUUUCUUAAAUAUCUUAUUGCAUUUCCAGAUCGCCUCGGAGUAUCAAACCCAACAUCACGUGAUAAGCUUUUAGCAGCUGUUCACGAACUCAAGUUGUUUGGGGGCUCUAUUCCAGAUGAGAGAAUGUUUCGCAGUCCACGGCCCAAAAGGAGGUCCCUUCCAGCCCGGCCUGUCGGCAUGCAAGAAAUUUUACUAAAGGGAUCGUUGUCCGAUUCGACAGAGAAAGGUAACUCAGCAGUUAGUAUAGUUGAUUGAUGUCUGGAAAGCGAGCCUGGUUUAGGAGUUUGUGCAUUGGACUCGGGAGAGCCGGGCUCAAGCAUUGAGCACUGAGGUGACGGGUCUUUCUGCUAUGUUCAUGGGCAAGGCAGUUUGUUUUUAUUCUGAAUUUCUCCUGGGACUGACAAGAAACGAGUACCGGAAAAUGUUGAGGAGACCUGGCGAAAUGCUAGAGAUAUGACGGCAACGAACUUGCGUCAUGUCACCCAAACAAAAUUAAAGUUACAGUAGCCGAAAUAUGAUCUGGCGGUGUGGGUCAUCUAGUUUCUAUAAAGAUGUCACAUCUGUAGAAAAGCUCUGAUCGUUUUAAUUCCUUUUUCUGGCAUUUGUUUUCAGGGGUUUCUGAGAGAGAACUCGUGGAGAGGAAAACACCGCAGAGGGUUCUUCAAGAACAGACUGAGGAGAUGUUAUCUGAGCCAGAGAAGGUGAUUUACUACGUCAUUGAGAACGAAAUAGCACUGGGUUUUUAAGAAAGGUGGGAGACGCUUAGGCCUGGAGGCUAAUGUACUGGACUCCAGCUCGAGGGGCCCGGGUUCGAGUGUUAGCCAUGUUGCUGUGUUGUGGUGCUGAAUAAUACGCUUUGCUUUACAGUACCCCUUUUUUAUGGCCACCCAUGAGCAUAAAUGAUUAUCCGUUAACUGUUAGUGAAACCUAUUAAAAUCCCGUGAGGUCACUUACAAUGGAUAUUUUACUGUUUAGGGGAAGAAGCAGAAUUUCUAUUCCCUUCCUGCUUCCAACGGAAAUAGACCAUAAUACUGAUUGACCUAUUUUGUGGAAGCAGACUCUCUGAUAAUAAAAUUAAACUCUAAAUUGAUUUUUAGGGAACAGUGCAAGUGCGCACACCUGGCCUAACCCCUGACACCGAAAUUACAAACAUCGAAAUCACCAAUCGGACAACAAGGUACGAUAUCUUUACAAACCGACGCAUUUUAAGGUGGCUCUCACAAUUUUUACUUCAGUGAAUAAAUAUUGUUAUUAGGAUUAAAUGCAAAAUUUAAGGACUUUUCAGACAGGUUGUGUCGUUGCUAUGGUUAACGUUUAAUACAUACCAUCUAAAAAUUGGACAUCCACUGGCAGAGGGUAGUGGCACCUACUCCAUUGUAGCUCAAGUAUUGUAAAUUGUUUCGAGCCACCUUAAAAUAAGCCACAUAACAAACUCUGCUUUGUCUGCAAAAUGUUACGCUGAGUUUUUGCUCAUUCUGUGCAAUUUUACCUUUGUUCCAGUAAGGAGCUAGUCCAUAUGCUGCUAGAGAAGUAUCACGAGCUUUCAAAGGAUCAUAAUCUGUUUUAUAUUGCGGUGGAGAUUGAAAUUCAGAAGAAAGGUAUUUUUAUUGACUGGUUAGAUUGAUUGACUGACUAACUUCUGAAUGACUGACUGUUUGCCUGACUGACUGACUGAUCGACGACCUACUGAUUCUCUGUCUACCUUCCUGACUGACGGUUUGGAGCCCUCCCUGGCUGUCUCACUGCUCGAUUGGCUGACUGAUAGACUGAUAGACUGACUGACCUACUGACUGACUGAUUGAGUGACCGACUGACCGACUACCUGACUAACUGACUGACUAAUUAACAGACACACUGACGGACGAACCGACUGCCUAAUUGACUGAUCGUUUGAAGCCCUGACUGUCCGCCCGCUCGAUUGCAUGGCUGAUGACUGACCGUUUGGGUGACAGUCCCACUGACUGUCAGACCGGCUGACUUACUAAAUGCCUAGCUUACUGUCUAGCUAACCUACUAACAAACAGACUGACAUACUGGGAGGCCAAUCGACUGAUUUGACUUGUCGUCUAACUGUUAGGCUGUAUGACUGUCUGACUGACCUCUAACCUUCUAACUGAUCGACUAACUUAGCUACUUUAGGAGCUCGUGACUUCCUACUAAUUGAUUGAUUGAUUGAUUGAUGGACUAGCCGAGCGACCGAUGGAUUGAUUGCCUUACCGCUUUUCUGACUGACUUACUGCUUCACAGACUGACUGACGGACAGGUAGCAGACUUUCUCAUACAAUAGUUUCUCUUUCCUUUGAUUAGAUUCUAGUCUCCCGAUGUCACAGAUGAUGGUACUGGCUGACGAUGCCCGUCCUUUGCAAAUUCAAUCCCGUCAACCAACAGGGGAGGCCAAGUAAGUCAACCACAUCGAUGCCAUUCUCCAAGGAAAGGUUACCCUACAGUCAAACUGCUGCAUAGCAUACAACUAUUUUUAAAUGUCAAAAAGACACAAGAGAAGCAUAGUAAUGAAAAUUUCCCAACAAAACCGAAACUAUUGAGGGAUAUUACGAAAAGCCAAGAGUUAUGAGUCAUAUGUUAUGACGUUACUUAAUCGUAUCCACAACAAGAUACGUGUAACCAAAACAAUCGCGAUUUGCCGUGCAGAUCUACACGAUAGAGUCACGCAAGACUGGUCAUCUGUGACCAUCAUAGGAGGCAGUCACGCAACACACUCGCUUGAAUGAUUUUUAUAAAAUAUCUAUAGUUAGAGUUUGUCUUAGGAAAGCCUCACUCUUGGCUCGAUUUAAGUAGCUUAAAGUGAAGUCUAACACCGUAUUUUAUUCUGCUGAAUAUCAUAUCAAUUGCGACUUUUAGAUGUACUUUCACUUUCAGUAAAACGUGAUUAAGAUAUGGCUCAGUGAUAUGACUAAUUUACAAACCAACAGAGAAAGAUAAAAGCUUUAUUACAAAGGGCGUUGUUUAAAAUCAUGUGCACGCCACGGGAGAUUGUACUUACGUGAGCUGCAUUUACCAUAUGCCAUGACAAAUAUCAUAAGUAUCAUGAUUUCUGUUGAAGAUUGUUAAUAUUGACACCUAAGCAUAAGUCAUCGUAUGCCGGGGAAAAAAAAUUCAUACACUCCACCCCCUCUUCAUUUAAGUGAAGGGACCAUCGGAAAUCAUUACUUAAAUUUGUAUCGCUUUUUGUUAAAAGAUUUCAUCUGAAGAUGAGAAGCGGUGGACUGCUAAGAGUUCAAGCUGGAAUUUUGAGCCCUGGGGUAAGUUUUUUUUAAACUGAAACAGUCAUUACGUAAGGGAAGUUAGCCGGCCUCUCUUAAAGUUUCUCAUGUUCGUUCGAAAACAGUAAAUAACAUAAUUAUGCUGAAUUAUACUACUGGGCUUGAAGUACUUAUUAGGGUUUGGGUUAACCACAAGCGAUCGUUCAUCACCUGUUUUAAUUUAUUAUGUCAACCAUCUCUUAGAUCAGCAGAAUGAAUUAAAAUCAAUUGAAUCGACUGUUAUCACUACAUUUUCGAUCUAUUUUGGACGAGAUUUAAAAAAAACCAUUCUUAUUACAUAAAGGAUUAUGAUUUUAUUACAAUUCAAACACAGAACAUGCAAGGGAUAGAUUUCUCUUUUUCACCUUCAUGAGAAUAAAAAUUCUCCGGUUGACAUUAUUGCAGUGUGGUUAAAACUGUGCCUAAGACAGAUAUGGCGAUGCGACCUUUGAAAUCGCACAAUUCUGCCCACAGCAAAAGCGAAGGAAGGUUUUUUUAAAUGAGCUUUAUCGUGCCUCUCAGUCCCAACGUAUUUAUUGUUUCUUUUCUUCAUUUCUUCUUCUAGGCAACCUACAAAUGCGUGCAGAUAUCUCGGAAAACCAGAGCUGAAGAGGUCGUAAAGAUGAUUUUGUCUAGCUAUGGCAGCGAUGCGCCGCCUGAGAAGUUUGUCCUAGUGGAAAGAUUGUCAGAUUCAGAAGGUAAACGUUGCCGUAGAGGACCAUGAAAAUGCGUGCAAAAUCUGCGCUCAAAUAACUAGAGUUGUAGGAGAAAUUUUGGAUUACUCGUCAAAAGUAAAAAAAUUCUAGACUGCUAUGGUUUUGCUUUAUUUCGCAAUUUGAUGGGUCUAAAAUCCCCAAACGCCUCGCAAUUUCCCGCGCUUGACGCUGUUUCCCGUCUUUACUAUCUUCCCAUUGGCUCCUUGUGAUAGUUACCUUAGUUUCGGUUGGCCAACGUUGGUUACCGUUGGAAAACUUGUGAUUACAUUGGGUUUUGGUUUUGCGACACUGAGAAAGUUAUCUGAAUUAAAGAGGUGAUCAGCAAAGUUUUUCGAGAGUUCUUCUCUCUGGUGAUAUUUCUAAAAAACUAUCUUUCUUUUAAUGGUGGUCUUGCAUGCUUUAAACAAGUUUUUUUACUUAAUUUUUUCUUUCAGCUGGUCGUAUCUUAGAGGCAGACGAGUGUCCAUUAGAAGUACAGUCUCAGUGGGAGACUGGUGAUCAGGGAACGUUCACUUUAACUCAAGCCGAGUUUGAGGUAAUCAUUGUUAACAGUUAUAAAAGUUCUUCAAAACUUUGGAUUUGCCAAAGAGAAAUGUUUUGUUGUAAGCGUGGGACAACGAAAAUAAUCUUACCAUUGAUGGAUGGUGUACUUUGCACUAUCUAAAAUCUGAGGACUCGAACCUCAGACCUUCGAUGUAGUGGUCGUCGUCAUAGUCUUAUAUGGUAGUGAAAUUAAUAAGCUCUUUCUUUUGUCCAGGGUGUCCUCCUUAGUGACGAAAAGAAUCCACCAAAUCAACAAGGAUCUUCUAGUGACAACGAAAUGAACACCACAAGUGUUAGCGACCAAAAAACUACCUCUUCCGCUUCAGAAACAGAAGACAAGGAAAAUAUGGAAGAAGCGCGCAAGGGCCAAACUUCAAUCGAUGCGUUAGACUUACAGACUGUCAAUCAAGUCAAGCGUAAAGUUUCGCAGAUAGACAAUUUGAGACACAAAUUCCAGGAAUACCAGGAAUUCCAUGGGAACCACAAGAAGACCACUCAAUCGAGUUCAAAUGAAGCAUUAGUUCAAGAGCCUAAGAAACGCAAAGUUUCGCAGAUUGAUCUCUUCAGGAGCAAAUUUCUAGCGUAUUAUGGUGGUAAAAUGGAAGGGCCUGGCGAUUUGGAUCCGUUGAGUGAGAUUGUGAAGGCAAGCGAAACUGCUGGCAAAAAUGGACUAAAAAAGAAAUCGUCUCCAUCGCGAUCCCCUUCGAGUGAACAUUCUGAUGCUGAAGAACUACCACGUUUCUCGUCUUCACCUCCUCCAUACCUCAGGGAUAACAACAACAACAACAAUAAUAAUAGUGACAGAAACAAAAGCAACAGCAGUAAAAUUAACGACGCUUCACUUAAAGACUUGAAAAUUAAGAACAACAGGAAGGAUCCUGCUCCCGAGAUAUCACAUCUACCACGUCUUAGUUUAGCAAGUGUUCUUCAACGCUGUAAACUCAUGACUGUGAUUCUCAACAGAGAAGCAGAGGAGUCUUGGGGCAUAGAGCUAGUUCACGUCACUAAAACAGGGUCUUCGGUGAGCCCGAAUGAUAAUAACGAGAAAGACUGUGACGAUGAGAAAGUAGUUUAUGUUCAACAUAAUGGACCCGGACAGAACUCGAUUAUAAACGCGUCUUGCGCAGGCAAUGUUGGUAAUCAGUUGUCUGAGCCGACCUCGCCCCUCUCCGAGAGCUCAUCAGGUUCCAGCGAGCAGGAAAUAGCGACCAUUUUAGGAACAGAGGAACGAUCAAGAUCUGUGACAGAGAAGUCGAGUGAAGACAUGCGACAUAUUGUACACAAACAGAACAUUCACAGAAGAAUGGGUACCAUAAUGAAACCUGCCUUAAGUCCCAUUUCAUCGAGGCCUUGUUCAGCAACUCAAAUGCGACCCUCUAAUCCCUUAACGCCAAGACCCUCUUCCGCACUUGCGCAAUGGAAAAAGGAGGGCAGUCCUCAGCCUCGUCCUGGUGUGCGCAUUGUGGCACUGACGGAGGGAGGGGUGGCGGAGAGAAGCAAAGAACUGGCUGUGGAUGAUUUGAUUGUCGAGGUAAGGAAAAAAAUGGAUUUUCCUGACACCAGAAUUUCAUUUCUAAUGCCUUUUCACCUGUAUACUAACUCAGGUUCGCGAUUGCUCCUCAGAUAAAUGGCCAGUUCGUGCUCAACUCUCCACUAGAACCUGUCAUCGCUGCGAUGAAAGAAGCUGAUUCAGUUUCUCUUGUUGUGGCGAGAUCCAAGCUCUCUGAAGUAAAACCGGAAGUAAGUAUUCACUAUAUCUAAGUCAGAUCAGCUAUUGAUAAUCAGAGAACAUUUCGAUCGACUUUCAUAAAAGCAAUCAUUAUGUAGUCAAAACGACCAGUCAGAACAAAAAAAAAAUCACAACUUAUUAACGAUCCAUCAACGAUUCAGAUCUAAGAAGUACUUGUAAACGACCUUUGCGCUGGAAAACCUAAGUGAGCUUGCUGCCAAAUUAAGUCCAGUUUCUGAUUCGUCAAUAGGCUGGCUUGAGGGUUUUAGAACAAUUACAGGGCGGAGAAUGCGAGGCCAACGCAAUCCCGUAUUUCUUUUCGAUACUCACUGAAAAUUGCUUGUCAAGAAACAUACAGUAAGACGUACCUCUUGCAUGGAAAUUCACGACACGGAUGAUCAAUAAACGCUUUAAUUAUUAAUUUUCGCACGUUGAACACAUGAUUUGUCUAUGAGCAUACCCUAUGUUACACCCUGGGUUAGUGAUGCUGUUUUAACGAACCAUUCUUUUCCUCUCCAUUAUUUCUUGCAGGAAAAAGACAAUAAAACUGAUUACAAAGACGAUAUCAAAGCCCUAACGCUACAGAUACAGAAUCUUGUGACUAGAGUCAGCGAGAUGCAGAACGACUUGAAAAAGAAAGACGACAAAAUAAAAACCCUGAAGAAAAUGGUCAAGAAAAAUAGCGGAGACGGAAAAGGGAAAAUUUACGAGUCUGUUCAAGUACUUGUUUAGCAAUCUGUGAAACGCAUCUCACCACACUUGUCGAAAAUGGGGGGGGGGCUACUUUGUAUGGGCGUGGCAGGGGGAAGCUCCAAUACCAACGUCUCGCAGGCAUUUAGGGCCAUAUCGGCUUUCUUUACUUAUAAGACAGAGAAUUUAACUCUUACAAGAGAAGUGUAGGGUUAUGUGCGCCUAAGACAGCCUCUUUCCCUUUUUUCCGGGAAGUUGCUUCGACCAGGUUUUAAUUGACACAAAUCACAGUCAACUUAGGAAAAGAAUUUGUAGAUAGCUAGGCAUCGUCCCCAACAAACAGAAAUAUUUAAUACUUUGACAUAUUUCAAUCAGAAGGCCUCAAAGGUUAUCACAGAACACUCAAAACCUAACCUUGGCCUUAGGCUAAAAGUCCACUUAAUUUAACCCUUUAACUCCCAAGAUCUCAUUAAAAAUUCUCCUUACUGUCUGCCAUACAAUUCUUCUAAUGUUUUUUCUGAGAAUUUGGUAUUGGAUCAACUGUUAAUCCCCUAAUUGAUACUCUUCUUGGUUCUCAUCACUUGCCUCCUUGAUUUUGUAUAGAUAUUGUAAGGAGAAAUUCUGUCUUGGUCACUCAUGGGAGUUAAAGGGUUAACGCAGUUAAAAAUGUAUCAAAUAUUUAUGUCCUCAUCAUACAAAAAAUUAAAACUCGCCAAAAAUUUUAUUUUAAGGACAGUAAACAACAUUUUACUUACCGUCGCAAAGAGCGCAAAGUUUUCUCAGUCAGAAUAAUUCGUGAAAUAAAAAAGAUGUGAAAUUUCAUUUUAGACUCACUCAGACGAAAAUAAUAACGCGAGAAUAAAUUACGUUAGCGUUAUAUUUUACGCAACAUCUAAAAAGAAC